CAGGCAGCAGAGCAGGCUGGCAAGUCGAGCACGAACAGGAGCGAGGAGUGGAGAGUGAAUAAGUGAAGUGAUUUCCAGGCCACCUCAGCACCGCCGCGUCCGCGAACGAUCGCGCUGCAUCGAUAAGAGGAGCAAGGACACGCCAGCUACAGCACCAGCACCAUCUCCAUCGGCAGCCGCAGCCACCCGGGAAUUGGGCCAGAGGGCGAGAUGCACGUCUGCACCAUCCGCUUCGUCCCGUGAGGCGGAAUGUUUUGCAUGGUGCAGCUGGCAGGGGGCGAAUCAGGAUGCCAGGGAGCGGUGAGCAGCAACAGCAGCAAGUGGCGAGCGAGGGUGUCGUGGGCGGCGAGCGCUGCUACAUGUUUCCGGACACGAGGACGGCCGUGUUGCGCGGACACACGCGCAGCGCGAGCCACGGCGCGGCAGCGCUGCCGUUCGGACUGCAGUCGCGGACGGCGGCCUCGCCGCACGAGGAGCUCGGCUCGAGCGGCUCGAUCGCGUCGCGUCCCUCGGCCCUGAAGAAGGGCCACCAGCGGGCCUUCUCGCACGGCCAGAUCGAGCCGGGCUCGAGCGGGCUGACGCGCGGACAUGCCCGCGUCGGCUCCAGGACGGAGUUCAUCCUGCCGCCGGGACACCGCGACGAGCCACCGCCGCCCCGCCCCCGCGCUGACUCGGUCCACUUCAAGCCCGGACACUCGCGACAGGCCUCCAGGAGCGAGUCCAUCUACACCCUCAGGAACCAGCCGCCGCCAAAAUGGACGGACAAGAUGUUCUUCUGGCGGCGGCGGCCGGAGGACGACACGGCGCGCAAGGUGCGCGUGGUGGUGCCGAACCACACGGUGCCAGCGGGCACGCCGGCCAAGCAGCACCCGAACCACGUGUACCCUGGCAACGAGGUGCGCACGACCAAGUACACGAUGCUGUCGUUCCUGCCCAAGAACCUGUUCGAGCAGUUCCACCGCGUGGCCAACCUCUACUUCCUCUUCAUCGUGCUGCUCAACUGGUUUCCGGCCAUCAACGCGUUCGGCAAGGAGAUCGCCAUGAUCCCGGUGGCCUUCGUGCUCGGCGUCACCGCCGUCAAGGACGCCUUCGAGGACCGCCGCAGACACAACUCGGACAAGCGCAUCAACAACUCCACCUGCAGGGUCUACAACAGCGUACAAGAGCGAUACGUCAAGACUCUUUGGAAGAAUUUGAGGGCCGGCGACCUCGUGCACUUGUCCAACAACGAAUUCAUCCCGGCCGACGUGCUGGUGCUGAGGACGUCGGACGAACACGGCCUCUGCUACAUCGACACCUGCAACCUGGACGGCGAGACCAACCUGAAGCAGCGAAAUGUCAUUCGCGGCUUCGCGGAAAAACAAAGCACGUUCGAAGCGAGCCAGUUUCGCAGCAACAUCGAAGUGGACCCGCCGACGACCAAGAUCUACCGUUUCCACGGGACGGUGGUGCACGAGUCGGGCGAGAGGGUGCCCGUGGGCACGGACAACCUGCUGCUGCGCGAGUGCGUGCUGAAGAACACGGACUUUGUCGAGGGCAUGGUCGUCUACGCUGGCCACGAGACGAAAGCCAUGCUGAACAACGGCGGCCCGAGGUACAAGCGAUCUCAGCUGGAGCGCGCCAUGAACCGCGACGUCGUGUGGUGCGUGGUCAUUCUCGUUGUCCUUUGCAUCAUCGGGGCAAUUGGCUGCAAAUUGUGGCUCGCCUCGUUCACCAGCCCCGACUUUCUGCCGCCGUUCAUCACCAAUUACUACUCGCCCUCGUACGAGGCGGUCCUCACUUUCUGGACCUACGUCAUCAUCCUGCAGGUGAUGAUUCCCCUGUCGCUCUACGUCACCAUCGAGAUGACCAAAAUCCUGCAAGUAUUUCACAUCCACAACGAUCCGCACCUAUACGACGAAGAACGCAAAAAGAGGGUCGAGUGCAGAGCCUUGAACAUCACCGAGGAACUCGGCCAAGUGCAGUACAUUUUCUCCGACAAAACGGGAACGCUGACGGAAAACAAAAUGAUUUUCCGCCGAUGCACCAUCGAUGGGAUAGACUACAAUCACCCUCCAAUCGCAGAAAUGCAGAAUUUGCGGCCUGGCGUGGCAACUCCGAUUCAUCCGAACGCGAGACUGCAGGACGAGAUCCAGGCACUUGAGAGAGGAAUGAGAUUGUCGACUGACAGCAACCUCAGCUCGCGCACCUUGAAGUCGACGCACGAGCAGAGAGUGCAGGAGUUUUUUAUUCUUUUAGCCUUGUGCAAUACGGUAGUGGUGGCCAAGCACCCACAUCACGACAGCAUGAACGCGAGCGGAGUGAUCGAGUCGCCGAGCGUGAUAACCGUGGAGGUGCAGUCCAACUCGUCAGCGCCGACGACGACGGCGACAAAGUAUUCAAGACUGAACGAGUCGCGGUCGGUGACGCCGUCGCCGACGAGCAGCACGCGGCCGCGCUUGCUGGAGCUGUCCGGAGGCCAGUCGUCUUUGUCGCCGAUCUGCUCGUCGAGCGAGAGCACGCCGCUGGGCACGCCGUCGCCCAAGCCGGUGCGACGGCUGGCCAAUUUGCUGCGCGUGGUGCGGCCAGGCGGCAAGCACGGCUCGUCGCCGGCCGUCACGCCGUCGCCGUCUGGAGAAAAGAAGCCCAUCUACGAGGCCGAGAGCCCCGACGAGCUGGCUCUCGUCGACGCGGCCUACACCUAUAACUGCCGCCUGCUCAAGCGCGUUGCUAGCACGGCGCUCAUCUUGGUGCCGGGCGAGGGAAUGGUCGAGUACGAGCUUGUGCAGGUGCUGCCCUUCGACUCGUCUAGGAAGUCCAUGUCCGUCGUCGUCAGACACCCCGUCACCAAGCAGCUCACCCUCUACACCAAAGGCGCAGACUCGUCCAUCCUCUCGCAACUCGCUCCAACCGACGAUCCCGCAAUGCAGCAGUUCAUUUUCAACACGCAGCAGCACCUGAAUGCGUACGCGCGGCAGGGUCUGCGGGUGUUGGUGAUGGCCAAGAGAAACCUGUCCGAGGCCGAGUUUGAUGCGUGGCACGUGCUGCACAAGGAGGCCGAGAUGAUGCACGACCACGAGAGGCGGAUUCGGGAAUCGUUUUGCAGGCUCGAGACGAACCUCAUUCUGCUCGGCGCCACCGGCAUCGAGGACAGGCUGCAGGACGGCGUGCCGGAGACAAUCGCGGCGCUAAUCGAGGCCGGCAUCGUGGUGUGGGUGCUGACCGGUGACAAACAGGAGACCGCCAUCAACAUCGCCUACUCGGCCAAGCUCUUCUCGCCGCAGAUGGAGCUGCUCAAGUUGGCGGCGCGCUCCAAGGACGCGGCCGAGAGCACCAUCACGGCCUACCUGCAGGACAUUGAGCGCCAACUGCCCCGUGGAUCAAACCUCACCUCCAACCCCCUCGCCUCCCUCGCAGACUUGCCCCCGCACUACCCCAAGAGAGCGCUCGUUGUCGAUGGCAAAACCCUGACCUACAUUCUGGAUCAAAGGUCGAACCUGAAGAAGCCCUUCCUCACCCUGACGCGCUUUUGCAGUUCCGUUUUGUGCUGUCGAGCGACUCCGCUGCAGAAAGCGUAUAUCGUGAAAGUGGUGAAGGAGAUUUUGAAAGUGCGAACCCUUGCCAUAGGCGACGGGGCCAACGACGUCUCGAUGAUCCAGACGGCGGACAUCGGCGUCGGCAUUUCGGGCCAGGAGGGCAUGCAGGCGGUCAUGGCCUCCGACUUUGCCCUGUCCAGGUUCAAAUACUUGGAGCGCUUCCUCCUGGUCCACGGUCACUGGUGUUACGACAGACUCGCCAGGAUGGUGCUUUACUUCCUUUACAAAAACGCUACGUUUGUGUUCCUCAUUUUCUGGUAUCAAAUUUACUGCGGGUUUUCUGGUGCGGUCAUGAUGGACCAGAUGUACCUAAUGCUCUACAAUCUUGUCUUCACUUCGCUUCCACCAAUCGCAAUCGGCGUCUACGACCAGGACGCUCCUGCCGAUUUGCUCUUGUCAAAACCGGCCCUGUACAAACAGGGACGGCUCGGCUCCGUGUACAAACCGCACUCGUUUUGGCUCACCAUGGCGGACUCUUUGUACCAGUCCAUAGUCAUGUUCUUUAUAACAGCAGCUGCCUACUCCGACUCGACUGUCGACAUUUGGGAGUUUGGAACGUCUCUCACAUCAACAUGCAUGUUUGUCAAUUUACUUCACGUGGCUGUGGAAAUCAAAUCAUGGACUAUCAUUCACAUCCUGUCGAUGGCGUGUUCCAUCGUAGGGUUCUACUGUUUCGCGUUCGUUUACAACUCGUUUUGCGUGAGCUGUUUCGGCCUGCCGAGCACUUACUGGGUGAUUUACAAGACGCUUGGCAACAGCGUUUACUGGUUCACUACGGUUGUAGCCUCCGUGCUGGCCCUAUUGCCGAGGUUUGUGAUAAAGGUGCUGAGGUCGAGCCUGGCCCCGAACGACGUGACCAAAUCGCUGCUCGAGCACCGAAACAUUCGCAGAGGUGAGGAGUUCUUGGUGGCAUGGUCGAGUAACACGUCCAGCUCGUCCGUACUAAGGAAAGCGCCUGCUAUAAAAGUGGUGUCAAGAAAAAGCAAAAGUUAACAAAUUUGGACACGCGCGCCUACUAACAAUAUCAAACGAAUCUAGACAAAAGACUUUGAAACCCGGGAGUCAAUUACCAGAAGUGAUCGCCUGAGCUGCAUCUCGAAGUCCCCAAAUGGUUAUUAUUAGUUGCAGAAGACUUUGCUGGGCCCCCGACUCCAGCGCUGUGAUAUCGUUACAUCCGUAAAUUAUUAUAAUUAUUGCCCAGAAUUUAAGCUUUUAGUUCUAAUUUAAUUCUUGCUGCCUAACAUUCCGGAGGGCGUGCGGUUCGAGCAUUUAUUCAGCUGCCAUUGGGUCAAAAUCAUCCAGAACUUAUUUUGUUACACUCAUCACGGCAUUGAAUAGAAACGUUGGACAAUACUGCUGAACUAACCUCAGAACAGACAGAUGAAUUAUUUUCUUAUGAACAAUACGCUGGUCACGGCACGACGAGCGCAAUGAUUUUGAAUCAAACGAGUUUUUAAUGCCAAGUACCCCAGCCUUGCCGCAGUUUCUAGUGAUAGAUCUUUUUCAAAUGAAUUAUGUUUCGCACCAAGUGACCAUCAAUGGGCCACUUGGUGCGCAAAAGCAAGAGUUACAAAGCCUUGUUCGUAAGCUCUGACGUCGUUGUACUAAUUAAUAGGAAUCGUGUAAAUUGUUAGAAAAAAAUGUAUAAAAAUAAUUUAUAUUCUGUACUUAAAAUAAAAAACGUAAUUUUCCUAGA